GGGGGGCGCAGUUCAGAUCUAGCGCUUGUCUCCUGGACGCUGCUGGCCUCUCGAGUUGCGGGGGUCUGCGCGAUCGCGAGUUGCCUCGUCAAGGGCAAAGCAGCCACAGCAGCCACAGCAGCGGCCGCCUCUCCCACCUCUCAAGCCAAGCCUGGGGCUUGUGGCUUCCUCCUGUGGUCGAGUGGGGUACCCCGGUCCCGCUAACGGAGUCAGCUGGCGCGUUUCUGGUUAACGCUUGUUUCCCUGUUGGGUGUUGCCGGUAAAAAUCGGGGUAGGAGUUGCCGUGGCUGGAGGGAACGAAGAGAAUCCAGACAGGGUGAAGGCAGCAUGAGUAAUUCCUGAAUGUGCCUAUAAGCAUAUUUAACCUUUGGCUUUUGAUUAAGAGAAAGAGAACAGCCACUCACACUGGAAAGGCAACACAUCAGACACCUAAGUAGUUGUGCAUUUCGCGAAUUUCAAGAAAAGUGAAAUUAUAAUACAGCAGAACCUAUAUAAAAGAAGGUACAGGCACACCAUUGAGUUGUUUGGGAUGCAGAAGAGUAUCUGGUUGAGAAACCUAUGAAAGACAAGACAAGACCCUGCCUCAGGAAGUGUACAAGAGAAUAGUUUUAAAGAAACUUACAGAUGAAUGCAGAACAGUAACCAUUGGAGGUGAUGGAAAUAUACUGAAACAAUGGGAGAAGCCAGUAGCUUAUAGGAAGCCAAGAUGACAAGAUUUUUAAAAAAUAAUCUAAUGAAGAGUCCUGUUGAAGAAUGAGGUGAAUUAAUGCUUGGGAUCUCAGAAACCCUGGACAGCUACAUGAAGUGUUUAAUAACGGCCCUUACCAUCUUGUCAAACAGAUCGCUGCUCAUGGGGCCCGACAGAAGGAAUGAGCCAAGAAGGGACAGUGUCCUGCCCUGUAGAAAUAGUGACUGCUGACCUGCCGAGAGUGAACUGGAGACUGCGUGUUGUCUGCCAGUACAAUGAAGGAAGUGGUUUAUUGGUCACCCAAGAAGGUGGCAGACUGGCUGCUGGAGAAUGCCAUGCCAGAAUACUGUGAACCUCUGGGGCAUUUUACAGGCCUGGAUUUGAUCAACCUAACCCAGGAAGAUUUUAAAAAACCCCCCUUGUGUCUAGUCUCCUCUGACAAUGGGCAGCGGCUCCUAGACAUGAUAGAGACCCUGAAAAUGGAGCACCACAUGGAAGCACACAAGAACGGCCAUGCCAAUGGGCACCUCAACAUUGGUGUGGACAUCCCUACCCCUGAUGGCAACUUCAGCAUCAAGAUUAAACCCAAUGGAAUGCCAAAUGGGUAUAGGAAAGAGAUGAUAAAGAUCCCCAUGCCAGAACCAGAGCGUUCUCAGUACCCCAUGGAGUGGGGCAAGACAUUUCUGGCCUUUCUUUAUGCACUUUCCUGUUUUAUUCUCACCACAGUGAUGAUCUCGGUCGUCCAUGAACGAGUACCUCCUAAGGAGGUGCAGCCUCCACUACCGGACACGUUUUUUGACCAUUUUAACCGGGUGCAGUGGGCCUUUUCUAUUUGUGAAAUUAACGGCAUGAUCCUUGUAGGACUUUGGUUAAUUCAGUGGCUGCUUUUAAAAUACAAGUCUAUUAUUAGCAGAAGAUUUUUCUGCAUAGUUGGCACGCUGUACCUGUAUCGGUGUAUUACAAUGUAUGUUACCACACUCCCAGUACCCGGUAUGCAUUUCAACUGUUCUCCGAAGCUUUUUGGAGACUGGGAAGCCCAACUGCGGAGAAUAAUGAAGCUCAUCGCUGGAGGUGGACUGUCCAUCACUGGUUCUCACAACAUGUGUGGGGACUACCUUUACAGCGGCCACACGGUCAUGCUCACACUCACCUACUUAUUUAUCAAAGAGUAUUCCCCUAGAAGACUCUGGUGGUACCACUGGAUUUGCUGGCUUCUCAGCGUAGUUGGAAUCUUCUGUAUUCUCUUAGCGCAUGACCACUACACUGUGGACGUGGUGGUGGCAUAUUAUAUCACCACAAGACUCUUCUGGUGGUAUCACACUAUGGCCAAUCAGCAAGUGCUAAAGGAAGCUUCCCAGAUGAACCUCCUGGCCAGAGUGUGGUGGUACAGACCAUUUCAGUACUUUGAAAAGAAUGUCCAAGGAAUUGUACCUCGAUCUUACCAUUGGCCCUUUCCCUGGCCAGUAGUGCACCUCAGUAGGCAAGUUAAAUACAGCCGUCUAGUGAACGACACGUAACAGCGUACAAGUGAGGUGAAGAGGAACUGUCCAAAGUGCUAAGAACUCCACUGAGAAGAUGCCAUAAACAAACACCUCCCUAAUCCUAUUACCUUUCAACUGAACCUAUCGAGUUACCUGGUCAGCACUGUGAUCUUUUUUUCUCUCCAAAGGACCUGCGUUGGACAACAAUAAAGAAAAGUUAACCUAUCAUGCACUGUUCACAUUUCCUGUUCAUAGUCGGGGAUUUGCAUAAUAACCCACAACCACCAUGUUCCUUUGUAUAUGAUGCAGCAGCAUAAAUAUAAGCUUUUAUAUAACAUAAGUUCUGGUGUUUCCAGUCAAAUCUGGAAAUAAAGCGUAUUAUUUUCUUGGGAAAACAUACUUUUCAUAUCUCUUGCCCCAAAGAUUGGGCUGUAAGCCAUUUUCUAGCAAAUGUCUCUAUGAAGGUUUCUAAGUACCUGCUUGGGGUCCACUUAUGAAAACUUUCUACCUGUUGCACCAAUAUUAAAAAUGACAGACAGAAAGGUAUGGUAACUUCAGGUUUUGUAAAAUCAAUACAGUGUGUCAAAAAGUGCAAAAAAAAGAUUCUGUUAUAAAGUGAUUUUCUAAGUAUUUACUAACUUUAUUUUUCAAAAUGAUGUUAUGAAAACCAAAUUUGAAGAUUUUUACAUGUUAGAGAGAAGAGAGUUAAAACAUAAAAAUGCUUCUUGAGAGAGAAAUUUGUCUAUGUUUCUAGUGCCUUUCUUGUCUUGAUUGUAUGGUCAGUAGGCAAUCUUAAAUGUUUUUAUUUAAAGUAUUCCACAAAAAUAUAGAUGUAUGUAUACACUACUAAAUUUUUGCAUUUGUCACUAAAUUCAUCAGAAGACUGUUUAUGGUUUUAAAAUUGCUCUGAAUUUAAAAAUGGAGAUGUUAAUUAGAAAGUCAGAGCCUGUUCACAUAUUGUGAGCAGGUGACAGUGUCAUUGUAGCACUUAAACAAUUUUGUCAUCUAUUUGGUAGUUCAGUUCUAACUACACAGUGAAAACAGCCAUGAAUAUUUUUUUUUAAAGAGAGUUUUGAAAAUGAUCACUUGUCUAAAACUUGAAAGCUGAAAAUUAGUAUCCAUACUCUCAUGGCAAUUUUGUUUGUGAACAACAAAAAAGAGAUCUAUUUCUUUACAAUAUAUUUGUGCAGAAACUGCAUGUAAUUCUGUUUCACUCCUAACAUACGUAUGUUUGGGGAAGUAUUCUAUUCUAUACUUGCCAAUGUGGAGAACAAAAUAGUUUUUUAAGAAUGAAGAAAUAUAAAUAUCCAUUCUGUAUUUUACGUGCAGCAGAAUUAUCUUCUGUAGGGUUUUUUUUUUCUGUAUUCACAAGGUGAUAUUUGUAUUGUAUAACAAUAAUGGUGAAGGAAAUAAAAAGGCUUUUAAAAUUUUGUUUGUUUAAAA